AAAUUCAGUAUUGUGCCAGUCGGGGGGGCGGUGACAUUAUUUUACCCGUCAUCGUCAUAAUUUUGUGAACUUGUUCGAAAAAACGCGAAAAUAAGUGUCGUUUUUUGGUGUAAAUAGUUUAUGUCAGGACUGAACGUGAGGAUGGCGGGUCAGACUAUAAACGAUAGGUUUUUGGCCGCUCGGCACAGUAUCGCCGGCCAAGGAUUAGCAAAGUCAGUAUGCAAAGCUACAACCGAAGAAAUGAUUGCACCGAAAAAGAAACAUUUAGAUUAUCUAGUCCACUGCACAAACGAGCCGAACGUGUCAAUACCACAGCUGGCGAACCUCUUGGUGGAGCGCACUCAGAACACAAACUGGGUGGUGGUGUACAAAGCACUCAUCACCGUACACCAUUUAUUAGCAUAUGGCAAUGAGAGAUUCACACAAUACUUAGCAUCCAGUAAUUCUACGUUUCAACUAAGUAAUUUCUUAGAUAAAAGUGGAGUACAAGGCGCGGCCGGUGCCAGGAUCGGAUAUGACAUGUCACCGUUCAUCCGGCGAUACGCCAAGUACCUCAACGAGAAGGCCCUGUCCUACAGGACGGUCGCCUUCGACUUCUGCAAAGUCAAGAGGGGCAAAGAAGAAGGCUCCCUCCGGAUGAUGAAUGUGGAGAAGCUCCUCAAAACGCUGCCAGUGCUGCAGGCUCAACUGGACUCGCUGCUCGAGUUCGACUGUACCGCCAACGACCUCACCAAUGGCGUCAUCAACAUGUGCUUUAUGCUGCUGUUCCGAGAUUUGAUCAGAUUGUUCGCGUGCUACAACGACGGAAUCAUAAACCUAUUGGAGAAGUUCUUCGACAUGAACAAGAAGAAUUGCCGGGAGGCUCUCGAUCUCUAUAAAAAGUUCCUCAUCAGGAUGGAUAGGGUCGGAGAGUUCCUGAAGGUGGCAGAAAACGUGGGCAUCGACAAGGGUGACAUCCCCGACCUGACCAAAGCGCCCAGCAGUCUGUUAGACGCGCUGGAGGGCCACCUCGCCGCUCUCGAGGGCAAGAAGGGAUCCGCUGCCAACACGCCCACGCAGACUGCCAGCGCCCAAAAGAACGUUGCCAGCGUUAUGGGCGCUCUCUCAUCUACGUCAUCGUCAUUCGGCAACGCGGCGGCUUCCAGUCGACUGGACAAAGCGGCCAAUGGUUCCGCGCCGCUGUUUAUAGACGACUCGCUCGCGCAGCAAGCGCUGGCUGAAGAAGAGGCUGCCAUGAACCAGUACAAGAACAAGGUGCAGUCUCCUACCAACUCGGCGGCCAACAAUCCGUUCCUAUCAUCUGCGCCGCCGUCAAACCAGCAGUCCAUCGUGGAUCUGUUCGGGCCGGCGCCCGCUGAACCGGCCAACAACGCUGGCAAGGCGUCCGACGACCUGCUAUCGCUGGGGAACCCAUUCGCUGAUAUGUUUGGAGCUGCGCCCGCGACCGCGCCCGCGCCCGCGCCUGCGUGGCAGCAGCCGAGCAACGGCUUCGCCGCCUUCCCCGCGCCGGCCGGCAACACAUUCGUGUCCGAGGCUAACUUCUCUAACGUAUUCAGUAACACUGACAGCACAGGUCAACAGCCCCAGCAACAAUCGGGCAAGGUUCUCACUGGGGAUUUGGAUUCGUCGCUAGCGCAGCUCGCCAACAAUCUGUCUAUCAACAAGACGGCCACUGCGCAAAAACCGAUGCAGUGGAGCUCACCCAAGAACGCGUCGAAGCCCGGCAACACGUGGAGCCCGCAGCCUAUGCAGGCCACCACCGGCGCUGGAUACCGGCCGAUGGGUCCUGGCAUGACACUCCCGCCAAUGCCCCACACUUUGCCCCAUACAUAUCACCCUCCGCAUUAUAUUGUGCAACAGCCAGGCAUGGUAAUGGGUAUGCCGGGAGCGCCCAUGAUGCCCACGGGAAUGGCGCAACCCAUGCGGCCCGCGGUACCACCACAACCGACCACCAACCAGUUCAGUUAAACUCUUAAAUCAGUUUUGUACGGUCCUCGUCACCCUACCCGACGGCUUACUACCAAAAAGUUAAAAAUAAUUGCCCCAAAAAGUUGCGAAAACGAGUUGUACCAUUUUCACUUUUGGCGGCAAAUAUUUUUCGAAAAUGUAGUGUAGCGAGUCAGAAGUAAUUAAAAUAGGCACUGUUGUUUCAAUGGUUCAAAGCCUUCGGGUGUAGUUUUAAUGCUAUCUUCGAAGCUGACUUGUGAUUCAGGUAGACAUACCCUCUCAAGCAGUUAACUAACCCUUAACUUCCUACCACUAAUGUAAAUUUUGUGUUCAAAGUUACCACAUGAUCGCGUGGUUAGGAAUCUGAUCUAAUCAUGUACCUAACAAAACUUAUUUUUGUUUGCAGACAUGAAAUAGGACUGUAUCUUUCUAACUAAAGUUACAUUCUUAUUCAUCACAGCUAUAAACUGUAUCAAGCAUUCCGGUGCUUAUAUCUUUCCAUCUUGAUGAAAUCAUGUUGUCUGCCACUUAUUUUACGUAUAAAUAAACAUUUAGUUUACAAUAAAUUACUACUCGUAUGUUAAAAGGUGAUUUAUGAUUAUGAAUUUGCCAUGAAAUAUUUUUAUACGCUAUGAAAUCAAUAAAGAAAUCAUUUGCUUAAAAAUUUAAUAAAUUAAAUUGAUAAAAUCAAAUUAUUUUAUGAAAAAAUCUAUAUUUAUUCUCAUUUUCAUUUCUUCUUCGUUUUCACAAUGGUCUUAAUGAUUAUAUUUUAGAUAAAAUUUCUUAUGAAAACGGUGCGUAUGUCUUUAAUAGAUUUCUUUCAAAAUUCAUCCGACAUCACAUUCCAUAAUUGUACAAAAAUAAUUUAUAUACUUAGCGACAGAUUUAUUCAAUAUAAAGUAUUUUAAUAGUUUGUUACAUAAUUAUAGCUUUUUAUUCCUACUUUUCGGGCAUAGUCAGCAUUUAUGGAUUGGAAUUGAAGUGAAAAUCUAGUUCUUUUAGUUGGAAGUUUAAAUUAAUAGUAAGUAUAUGAAAUUCUGUAGAUGUCACGUAUGUAAUGGUUAUGUAUAGGAUCUAUAAAUCAAGUGUAAUAAUAAUAUUUGUGUGUUUAAAUGCAUAAUUAGUCAAUCGAGACCCGAAAAUAAAGAUCUUUGGGUUAUUAAAGGUAUGUUCACAUUACCACCGCGAGUAAUGCCACUGGUAGUCGCCACGUAGCCUGAUGGUUGUCGUGUCUGAUUACUGAAGAUAUUUUCUGUAUCAAUCUUUAAAAUGGCAUCUCACGUGCUAAUGUCAAUAAACCUUUACCUGUAUGCAAGAAUCUUUAAUAAUUAUGAAUGAAAGCACUUUAUAAUCGAAAGUACCUUUCAGUGAACAUCCAUAUCCCUGCGCAAUGUUAUGUAAAAAUAUUCGUGUCAACGUUACAUUAAUGUUAUGGAACGGAUUAGAUUGCUGUCAUAGAUAUCACAGAAUGCAUGCCAUGUGGAUUAAUGUGAGGUGCUUAGCUUAUCAAGAAGGUUAAAAACAUAUGUUUGC